GACAAAGGCGGAGGCAAGGGACAGCAGAACGGCAGGAAGCGUCCGGAGCCUACGGAGGAGGACGACGCGGAGCCACUGGUAACAGUCACGCAGUCAGAGAUCCGCACCAUCCGCGCACUGCUGAUUCGUCACGACCAAGCGCUGAAUCAGCUGGCGGUGGAUCGAACCUACGUUCUUUUCUUUUCAACAACCGAGAUGGCCGCCCUGGACAUGUUGAGGACCGUGACCAACCACUGGAGGGACCAAUACGAGAAGGGGACUUGCACAACCACACUCAGGGCGGCUCUGCUCACGAGUUUGUGGAUGGAAAUGGAGGCGAGGCUCGGGAAGUUCAAGCAAGAUCCAGCAGCCAUCAAGAUCAUGAAGGAAGGCGGGCUCUUCCAGGAGGCCCCGAAUCGUUGGGCCUACACAAUGUGGAGCCAGCAGGAGAAGAAG